AUGUACAACCCUGGAAUCUUGGCUCUGAUAGAACCUUUUAAGGAAGAGUCAAAUAUGAAGCAGUUAGCUCUUAAACUGGGCUGGGAUGGGAAGAGUUGUUGUGGCAAUAACAAAAUAUGGAUCUUGUGGAAUAGGGAUGUGGAUGUCCAGGUGGAAGAAAUAACAGAUCAAUUGGUCACAGUGAAGGCAAAAUUGUUUGGCUCCAGCUCUGAGAACAAUAUCUCAAUAGUCUAUGCUAGUUGCAGUAGAAGGCUAAGACAAAAUCUAUGGGAUGACAUAAAAACACUAGCUGAGGGAAUGCCUGAGGGAAGCUUGUGUGAGGUGGCUUUCUAUGGGAACAUGUUCACUUGGUGGAAUGGGAGAAAUGGGGAACAAGGGGUGUGGAAAAGAUUGGACAUAUGUCUUGUUAAGAACAGUUGGGAAGCAGGCUUUAAGACACAUGUGCAGUAUUUAUCAAAAUCCACUUUUGAUCACUCUCCUCUUUUGAUCAGUAUUGACUGCCAGGUGGUCGUAGGAAAGAAGCCAUUCACAUUCCUAAACGUAUGGGCUGACCAUGAGCAAUUUUUGGGGAUCGUCAAGAAAGCAUGGGAGGGGGAGGUGGUAGGGAAUGCUAUGUACACCUUCAUGACAAAGUUAAAGAGAGUAAAAGCUGAGUUGAAAAAAUGGAACUGGGAAGUGUUCAGAAAUAUCUUUGAGAGAGUAAAAGAGUUUGAGAGGAAGGUGAGGGAGUUGGAAGGUGAGGUGCAAAACAAUCCCACUGAGGGGAACUUGAUGAGCUACAAAAAGAUGCAAGUUGAAUAUCAGAAAUAUCUAGUGAGGGAGGAGAGAUUCUGGCAGCAAAAGUCUCAUAAAAAAUGGGUAGUGGAGGGAGAAAGAAAUACAAAAUACUUCCAGGGUAUGGUGAGGGAAAGGAGGAGGAAACAAUACAUUCACAAAAUAAAAAAUGAGGUGGGGACUGGGAAGAAGAUCAGGAGAGGAUAG